GGUCUGUUUUGAACUGCUGCUGUACUGCCGGUGAAUUCAAAAGAGUCUGUCAGCAUUCCAGCGGCAGUCUGUGCGCAGAGAGUAACGUUACAUACGAUACGAAACGAGGCACAGCCAGGCAACAAUGGAAGACUACUUGAAAAUAGAGAAAAUUGGGGAAGGUACCUAUGGGGUAGUGUAUAAGGGCAGGCACAAGGCCACGGGGCAGGUUGUGGCUAUGAAGAAGAUCCGUCUGGAGAGUGAGGAGGAGGGGGUUCCCAGCACCGCUGUCAGAGAGGUCUCUCUGCUUCAAGAGCUGAAGCAUCCCAACGUUGUACGACUCCUGGAUGUCCUGAUGCAGGAGUCUCGUCUCUACCUCAUCUUUGAGUUCCUGUCAAUGGACCUGAAGAAGUACCUGGACUCCAUCCCCUCAGGCCAGUACAUGGACCCUAUGCUGGUCAAGAGCUACCUUUACCAGAUCUUGGAGGGCAUUUACUUCUGUCACUGUCGUCGAGUUCUUCACCGGGACCUGAAACCGCAAAACCUCCUGAUCGACAACAAGGGAGUUAUCAAACUGGCAGACUUUGGCCUGGCUCGGGCCUUUGGUGUUCCUGUCAGGGUCUACACCCAUGAGGUUGUAACUCUUUGGUACCGUGCUCCAGAGGUCCUCCUAGGUUCACCCCGAUACUCAACCCCUGUCGACGUUUGGAGCACUGGGACCAUCUUUGCUGAACUCGCCACCAAGAAGCCUCUGUUUCAUGGAGACUCAGAGAUAGACCAGCUCUUCAGGAUCUUCAGGACUCUGGGAACCCCAAACAAUGAUGUGUGGCCUGAUGUAGAGAGCCUGCCUGACUACAAAAACACCUUCCCUAAAUGGAAGUCUGGCAACCUGUCAUCAAUGGUGAAAAACGUGGAUAAGAAUGGCCUGGACCUGCUGGCGAAAAUGUUGACCUACAAUCCUCCCAAGAGGAUCUCAGCGCGUGAGGCCAUGACUCACCCUUACUUUGACGACUUGGACAAAUCCACCCUGCCUGCUGCCAGCAUCAACAAAAUCUAAAACACAUACUGACCUUACAUACCAACACAUUCAUAUCCAUUGUGAAUGAUCAUUCUGUAAAUAUUUGUGUGUGAAAAUUGUUGUAGACCUUUUGGUAAAGUUUUCUUUCAAUAAAACUGCACUUUCUGUGAUUCUCAAGA